CGGAGGGUUGGGAUCGCUGCGAACCCGCAGGUAGGGGGAGCGGUUCGCGGAUGCCCGGCAAGCGAGGCAUGGGCCCGCCUUCUGCCUCUCAUCCUUCUUGUGGCGGGAACUGUCGGUCAGCCGUCCGGGUCCCAGCCCGCAGGUCUUGUCCUCAGGUCUCGAUAGAUAAUAUAUAUCAUCAGUAGAAAAGCUUCCUGAAAGAAGAAAUUGUUCAAAAGAAAUUUGAAAGUAGCAAAAGUUUAAGACAAAGAUAAUUGACAGCAGAUACAGAGGACAGCAUGGGAAUUUUACUUCAUUCAUUUAUUUAAUGAAUUCAUUCAGAAAAACUCUGUUGAACACCUACUCUUGCCAGGUAUUGUCCUGGGCAACAACACAGCGGUGAACAAAAUUGACUCUCCUGCCCAUAUGCAGCCACAGCUGAUGAUGUCUUUCAGUUUCAAUGCACUUAGAGUUGGCAUCUCUUUUGUCAUGAUGUGCAUUUUUUAUAUGUCAGCAGUAGACUCUCUACCAGAGCUGAGUCCUCAGAAAUUCUUCAGUACAUUGCAACCAGGAAAAGCUACCUUAGCUUAUUUUUGUCAAGCUGAUUCUCCAAGUACCUCUAUAUUUCUUGAAGAACUGAAUGAGGCGGAUAAACCUCUCCAGGACUAUGGAAUUUCAGUCGCAAAGGUUAAUUGCGUCACAGAAGAAACAUCGAGAUACUGUGGAAGCGAAAAGGAUUUGAUGAAAGCAUAUUUAUUCAGGGGUCACAUAUUACUCAGAGAAUUCCCAACCGAUACCUUGUUCGAUGUGGAUGCCAUCGUUGCUCAUGUUCUCUUUGCUCUUCUUUUUAAUGAAGUAAAAUAUAUUACCACUCUGGAAGACCUUCAGAACACAGAAAAUGCUCUGAAAGGAAAAGCAAACAUUGCAUUCUCAUAUGUCAGAGCCAUUGGAACACCAGAGCACAGAGCUGUCAUGGAAGCUGCUUUUGUGUAUGGGACCACGUACCAAUUUGUCUUAACCACAGAAAUUGCCCUUUUGGAAAGUAUUGGCACUGAAGAUAUAGAAUACGCACAUCUCUAUUUUUUUCAUUGUAAACCAGUCUUGGACUUGACCCAGCAAUGUAGGAGAACACUAAUGGAACAGUCAUUGACUACACUGAACAUUCAUCGUUUUAUGAAGACAAUGGAAGCACCUCUGCUGACUGAAGUUGCUGAAGAUCCUCAACAAGUUUCAACUGUUCAUCUCCAACUAGGAUUACCACUGGUUUUUAUUGUUAGUCAACAAGCUACAUAUGAAGCUGAUAGAACAACUGCAGAAUGGGUUGCUUGGCGUCUUCUGGGCAAAGCAGGAGUUCUGCUCUUGUUAAGGGACUCUUUGGAAGUGGACUUUCCUCAGAAUGCUAAUGUGGUCUUCAAAAGAGCAGAAGAGGGAGUGCCAGUGGAAUUUUUGGUGUUAAAUAAUAUUGAUUUAAUCGUAUCCCGUGUGGAAAGUAAUAUGCACAUUGAGGAAACGCACGAAGAUGAAGACAAUGACAUUGAAGGUCCAGAUAUGGAUAUUCAAGAUGAUGAAGUGGCAGAAACUGUUUACAGAGACAGGAAGAGACAGUUACCUUUGGAACUCACAGUGGAACUAACAGAAGAGACAUUCAAUGAGACAGUAACAGCUUCUGACAGCAUAGUGCUUUUCUAUGCUGGUUGGCAAGCAGUAUCCAUGGCAUUUCUGCAGUCCUACAUCGAUGUGGCAAUUAAGUUGAAAGGCACCUCUACUAUGCUGCUUACUAGAGUAAACUGUGCAGAUUGGUCUCAUGUAUGUGCCAAGCAAAAUGUUACUGAAUUUCCUGUUGUAAAGAUGUACAAGGAAGGCGAGAACCCAGUAUCUUACGCUGGUAUGCUAGGAACUGAAGAUCUCCUAAAAUUUAUCCAGCUCAACAGGAUUUCAUGCCCAGUGAACAUUACGUCUGUCCAAGAAGCAGAAGAAUAUUUAAGUGGGAAAUUACAUAAAGACCUGAUCUCCUAUUCUAGCGUGUCAGUACUGGGGCUGUUUAGUCCAACUAUGACAACAGCAAAAGAAGAGUUCACGGAAGCAGGAAACUACCUAAAAGGAUAUGUUAUCACAGGAAUUUAUUCUGAAGAAGAUGUUUUGACACUGUCAAAUAAAUAUGCUGUAACUCUUCCAGCCCUGCUGCUUGCCAGACACAAAGAAGGCAAAAUCGAGAGCAUUUCAUUAGCUAACGUCCAUGCUCAAGAAAUAGUUCAAAUAAUAACAAACGCAUCACUGGAAACAUUUCCAGAAAUCACUGUGGAAAAUCUUCCCACUUAUUUAAGACUUCAGAAACCAUUACUCAUUUUAUUCAGUGAUGGCAGCAUAAAUCCUCAGCAUAAAAAAGCAAUAUUGACGCUGGUAAAAGAGAAACACUUGGAUUCACUUACCCCUUGCUGGUUAAAUCUGAAGAAUACUCCUGUGGGGAGAGGAAUCUUGCAGGCAUAUUUUGAUACCCUGCCUCCCCUUCCUCUUCUUGCUGUGGUAAAUCUGCAUUCAGGCGGCCAAGUAUUUGCAUUUCCUUCAGACCAGACUAUCACUGAACAGAACCUUUUAUUGUGGCUGAAAAAAUUAGAAGCAGGACUAGAAAGUCAUAUCAAAAUUUUACCUGCUCAGGAAUGGAAACCUCCUCUGCCUGCUUAUGAUUUUCUAAGUAUGAUGGAUGCUGCAACAUCUCAGCAUCCUGCUAGGAAAGUUCCUGAGUGUAUAAAAGAAACUGAUGUACAGGAAAAUGAUAAAGAACAGCCUGAAGAUAAAUUAGCAAUCAGAAAUGAACCUACUGGAACACUGAGAACAAAGCAUUGGAAUAGAAGUAAUUGGUUUGAAGAAGCCAAAAAACAAUUCAGGCAUGAUAAUAAAGAAUUAUGAUGCUCAAAAGUGAGCUAAUUAAUUUCAUAGGGCUGUGGAAAGCUUUCUGAAGUCUUUUUGGCUUAUUUGAUAGACUUAAGAAUUUAUUUCAUUAAGAAGUAAUACUAUCUCACCACUAUUAUUCAACAUAGUUUUGGAAUUUUUAGCCACAGCAAUCAGAGAAGAAAAAGAAA